AGUCGUCGUCGCUUCACGAACCCACCCCAGACUCAGUAUAUGCAUGCUCUCUAACCAUGUCCAAGGGGAAAAAGGCCAGUAAAACAACUCCAGAAGCAGUCGGCUGGGACGAAGGGUUGAUAAGCGCUGCAGUGCAAGAGGAUGACUGGAGGGCGUGUCUGGUGUUCGUGAGCCCGAAAUCUCCGGACGAUGAACCCCACGUCCGAGCUCUUGCUGGUGCAGUCGACGCAGGCACGCGGAGAAGGUUCACCGUCGUUGAUAAGACUACACUACUCCAGUCGGCAGCAGAAGAUACCAAAUUGGCUCAGUCAGUUGCUGGUGGAGGAGGCAAGAAGAGCAAGGUUGGAGCUGCUCCUCCUGCUCAGAGACCCAUGUUUGUUGAGGUGUGUGAGCAGGUGGUGGAUGCAAUGAAGUCCAGCGAUCCCUUGCCCCCCUCGUUGCUGGCCAAGAUGAUCAAAUACAAAGUCCUCCGCGAAAAGGCAGCCCAUCGUUCAGCCAUCGCCCAGAAGGAGGCUGAGGAGGCAGCAAAGGUACAGGCUGCCAAGAAGGGAGGAGAGGGGAAAGGAGGGAAAGGGGGAGGGAGAGGGAGCAAGGCAGCGGGGAAGAAGAGGUAAAGAGACACCAGCUGUGGACGCAGACCCAGCUAUUCCUCUGCCAGAGAAACCGCCAGUCUCAAUGAAGAAGAGAGGGGAGGAGGACACUGACUCAAAGUACAUUGAUGAUGAGCCGGCUGAUGGGCCCACUUGCUACAUCGUAAUGAUAGGAUUCUCCUCAAUUGAUCUCCUUGAGCAGUUGUCACCCAUUGGACUCACAGCUCAUGUCCUGAUCAACAUCAACGGUGGAUCAGCACCACUGCCAACUGAUGAAGAAGAAGAGGGAGAGGGAGAGAGAGAGAGGGAGCGAGAGAGGCAGGAGUGCAACCUGGCCCAGUUCUGGGGGAGACUGGGGGAGUGUGUGCAGGCCACUAGCAAUGGUCACAUGCUGAGAGACAUGGCCCAGGUCAACCUGAGACUGCCACAGCCUCUGGUGCCUCCUGAACAUGGUGAAGAAAAGGAGCUGUAUGGCCAGUCUCUGUUUGACGCCGUGUCUCGGAGUGUGUAUCGUGUGCUGGAGCAGCGAGAGCAGUAUCACCACUACCUCAACUACCUGAGGCUGAGGCAACUCUCCCUGCCAGCCUGUGGGGGAGAGCGGUGGGGGCCUAGUCUCUCCACAGAUCUCAGCUCCAAUAGCCUCCCCAUACAACUUAGUAGCGUAAUGGGUGAAGAGCCACACAAGGUGGACCUCAGGCUCUACAAUGAAUUGCUCAGUUCGGUUCCUCCAGAGAGCACAACCGUCCCUCUCAUGCUUCACUGUAUGCUGGAACAGUUGUGUGCAACCCUGAACCCUGAAGCGAGCCAGACGCACACCGCUCCAGCUCUGACCGUGCACAGCGACGUCCUGGCCGAGAUUAGCGACUUCAUAUCAGGGCUUUGCAUCCCCACCACUGAAAAGAAAGCUCUCCUCCCCAAAGAGAAACAAGAAGAAGCCUCUGACUUGGUGUCCCAGAGAAGCACAGUUACCAUAGAGCACUGGAACACUAUGGGGCAGAGGAGUCGCAACCUCUCAGACUCCAAACUAGUCUCGGGCCAGACUAACACAAACAGCAGAGCUCUACUGCAGAGGGUUCUCGCUCCUCCACGGACCAACACGGACGAGAGGGACGCUCACCUGGCCAUGCUGAAUGCAGUCCAGCACCACUGCACUCUGGCCAGCAUGUCAGAACAACUCCUCAACCACUGUCUCCUCACACUCUCACUGGAACAUGUCUCUUUGCCAUCUGCCACCUCCCUCCCACACCUCUCAAACUCUCCUCCUCCUCCUCUACUCUUUGACUAUCCUCUCAAUAUCCCUCUCAAGGACAGCAGAGUCCAAGCAUCCGGGGCUCUUGUUCCGUACAGGAGAGCCACUGUGGGAGACAGUCGGGAGCAGGAUGAUCGUCACGAGCUCAAUCUUCCACCUGCCCACCACCCAUCGCUGACCGAGUUUUCCGUCUGCGAACCCAUGAGUAGAGAUUCCCUGCUGCAGCACCUCCAGUCGCUCUGCACCACUCACCCGUACCUCUCUGUGUUCACCCACAGUUUGAGCGGGUCGACUGUCGCGGUCGCUAGCUCAGGGUUUGACGGACAACCGCUCCAGGCUUACACGUGGCAGUCGCUGGCCCAUUCACGAGUGGGAUUCAACAACUACCUCCAGUAUGUGGCCGAGCAGUGUGGAGGAGAAGUUGACAGAGCUGUGGAGGAGGACCAGGAGAGGAGGGAGGCUUUUGAAAUCGAGCGACAGAAACUGGUCGAGGCCAGGGAGAAGGCACUCGAGCAGCAGUCAUCAGAAAAGCAAGCCGAGAUGGAAGCAGUGAAGGAUAGUGCAAAGGGGGGCAAGAAAAGCUCGACUUCAAGCGCCAAAAAGACGCCAAACGGCAAGAGGAGCAAGGCAGACGUAACGUGUCCCACUCCGGAGCCUGACAAGGCACCUGAUAGGGAAGUCAACGUCCCCGAGUUUGAAGAGAGAAAACUCUACGAGGCUUACGACGUGGGAGACCGAGUCCUCCUGAAAAGGGGUACGGUUUCGGUGUGCAGUUUCUCGGUGAUGGCUCUCAGGUUAUCACAGAAAACACAGAGAACCUCGGGCAAGAGAGGAUAGUCACAGUGUCAGCAGUGAGCAAUGGACACAGCAUCACAUGCUCCAUGACCAAAGAAGAUCUCAACAACAGUAGCUCAAAGAUAGAAGAAAGCGAGGAAAAAGAAAACCAGGAAGCAGGCACUGGAACAGAAGGUGGCGACCAGCUUCCUACAGCGCGUGUUGUUGCAGGUAUCCCCCAACCACCUCUCGGAGUAAAGUUCUCCUCGAUAACUGCCCAGUUCCGAGACAGUCUGCGCGUCUCCCUCAGCCAGUUUGGUCCCGCAGGAAACGGAGAGCUCCCGUUCCAGCCAGUGAAACCGGAGAUUCUCCUCGAGACUGUCACAACGGACGGUGCAUCAUCCUCCUCAGAGUCUCGGCCGCAGUCUCAACAGACUCUGCAGAAGAUGGGCAAGAAACAGAUGGAGCAGUUACUGGAGCAGCAGCGGCAGCUGGAGGAGCAGAAGAAGAGGGAGAGGGCCGAGGCGCAGGCAGACUUUGACGCCCGGUGUUCAGCUCUUCAGAGGCAGAACAAGUACCAGCAGCUCUUUGCCAGCACACCAUACGGACUCCAUGUACGUCUUCAAGUCGACGUGGAUCUCGAGGCCGACCCUGAGACCACAGACGGGAGCGACGGUAGGAUCGUGGUGAGUCAGAGCUACCCCGCGCAGGGCCCUCGGCGAAACAUCCCUAGUCUCUCUCUCGCCACACGGGAUGAGGUGGAGAGAUACUGCCUCCCCGACGGAUCGGUACUCUGCUUCCUGAGAGAUGGAUCUGUAUCCGUCCUCUGUCCCGAUGGACAUGUCUACCACACUGCAACUCAGUCUCUGAGUAAUCUCUAUCAACAAAACGACUCCAGUGGAGCGACAGACUCACACAAAGAGGAAGACCAGAGAAACGAAGAGAACUCGACGCAACACACUUACUCCGACACAAAGGUCACCUUUGCCGACCAUCUGAUGGACAGGGUCGGGAGCAAGGAGAGGAAGAAGCUCUCUCAGAUGGUGUGGGUGGUCACAACUCCUUCCGGCCAGCGAUACCUGUGGAGAUGUCCAACACCUGCUAAACCCACCCACCAAACUCAAGAUAAGGGAGAGAGUGAGGCAGCUCCUGCUUUGGGCGAGGCUGACACUGAUCCUGAUGGGGCCUCUAACACAAUAACACAACAACAACAGCAAGAAAAGCAGGGAGGAAAAAUCGUGCCUCUGCCUGAAGCGCAGUUAGUGUCAGCUACCGAUCCAGUCACAAAACAAGUACUGAUCACUCGUGAAGACAACGUGACGCUGUUGGAGUAUCCAGAUGGGUCGUUUGUAGCCGAGCAUGCCGACGGUACCAGAAUCACCACGGCGACAGCCCAGGAGUCUGACUCCACCCUCCCCUACGAGAUACUGAUAGAGUGCCCUGGGUUCGCGAGGGUCACACACACGGCAACCAAACAGUCCCUUGUUGAGUUCCCCGACGGUUCAACAGUGGUUGGCUCCACCAAUGGGAAAUACACUGUGGGGAACAAAGCGCAGUACAAACUGGAGGUGGAGCCCGGUGGAGAGGCCCGCUGUUGUCUCCAGCCAGCUGACUCCACUGCCUACAGCUUCACCCUGGACCACACCGGUACUGGAAACAUCCUCAUUGCCAAAGCCAAGAAGUCUAAAGUCAAGUUUUCCGUGGACAGAGAUGGAGUUCCUUCUGUCUCGGGGAGUGGGGCGAUCUCCCUUCACCCUGCGUUUUCACCUCGUUAUUUCGUGGUCCCAUCCACUGGUAGUCCGUACCAGGUUCUGAGCAAGAGUGAGGCUGACUCCUACCUCUCUGAAAUGGAAUCCCAACCUGAUACCACGAUUAUCAAGGGAGAGGCAGUACCCGGAUUUGAGGGGACAACCAUCGCCGUAAUGACAAACCUGAAAGAGGAAAACCCUGCAAUAAUGCCCUACAAGAAUGGUAGUAUUGUCCCCGAGAAUCUCUCCCUUGCUUUUCCUCCAGUUAACGGCCAGAAAAGGGCAACCAAAGACAGGAAAAGAUUUGGUGUUGGGGUGGGUAAAUCCCUGCACAUCCUACCAAUUACCCAUGCGAAGGAGGUGGAGGUGAAAGAAACCGAGGCUCCCAAGGCUCUCCGUUGCCGUCAGUUUGUAAUUCUCGAUCAGUUCAACGAGACGUCACGUGAUCAAGUCUGCAAGGAUCUUGCCAGCUACAUUUCCUGGAGAGAGCAGCAGGAGGCCAGAGAGGACGACCUGCUACCAGUGGAUCCCAGAGACCCCUCUGAGAUCAGGGCUGCACAACAGCUCAAGUCACGGUGGCUCAAUAAGACAACUGGCAACGUUCUGAGUUCAGCUCUUCUUCAUGUCCAGCAGUCGAGUGACCCAACAAGUGAUGGUAGACAGAAGGAACAAGGUGAAAACUCGACUAAAUUCCUGAAUGGUAUCAGAUGCGACCUGGAAGAGGCAGAGCGAAACAGAAUUGCCUUGCGCAACCACACAGUUCCACAGUACUUUGAUUCUGACAGUGGGCGGGAAUUUCUCCGCUCACAGUCACCUGACAUGACUGCACUGGCAAAGCAGCUCGCUCAGCCAAGGGUGCGACAGGCACACCAUCCUCCAAACGACCCCUCCCACUCUUCCACUCCUUCCUCACUCCAAUCCACGUCGAUCAUACUCCAACCGGAUGGUGGGGUAGACUCACCCUUACUCCAACAAGGUGAGGUAGAGUCCCCCGACAUGGGGGAUAUCGACACGGCCUCGGUGAGCUCUACGAGCAAGCUCCGCCCCACCCACCCCACCCCAGACCACGCCCGGGGGCUCUGUACUCCGACAGACGUGAGACCAAGCAACCCCACCCCGUUUGGUGCCGAUAGACAGACACACUCACCUGCACCCUCCCUCAUCUCCAACACUCCUGGGGCCACCCCUCAGAAGAUGGUUGGAGGGGUAGUAGUAGAUGAGCAACAGGGAGAGAGAAGCGUAUCGUUCAUCUUGCCCCCACGAAGACCCAGUCUCAUUGUGGGAGAGAACUCUCCCGAUCACCCUGAGCUCCAGAGAGGAUCAAAACCACACAAUACGGUUGAAGACGCCACUCGUAGGAAGGUUAGAACCUGCUCAACGAUGGGGGUUGGAAGUGGAGUGGUGAGGGGACUGGAGGCUACGCCACAGAGCCUGGACUUUGGGACCAUACAAGAAGGCCGCUCGUAUGCCAGGUCUCUGGUGCUCAAGAACGUUGGGAUUGACCCGUGUCGAUUCAGGAUCAAGCAACCUCCACCUUCAACCGGCAUUAGAGUUAUCUACACUCCUGGACCCGUGGCGGCAGGGAUGACGAGAAAGUGUGAAGUGGAGCUGUUUGCCAUUGCAGUGGGGUUAGUGGGCAGGAGUGGGACUGGGCAAGUGAGCCACUCACUGGAGGUGGUCUCAGAGACCAACACCCUCCACGUCCCCAUACUGGCAGAUAUCCCCUCCAGCUGAAUUUCUAACACUUAACAGUCCACUUUGUACAUUGCACCACCAAAGCUUCAUAGACCAAAGAAUGCAGCGUCCAAUUUUCACUACUAGAGUGCACGUGCAACCAUAAACCCAUGCAAGAUUGCUAGCUAGAAGGUUUAGUAAUGAAGUACACUUUUUUCCAAUGAACACUACAUUAUAUGUGGAGCCUCAGAUAAGGGACUCUCCGAGAUAGGGAGAGAUUACCUCUCUACAAAGGGCACUUGUUUCAACCCCAUGAUAAUACUCUAGUGACCUCAGAUAUAGGGAUGACCUCACAAUAAAGGACAAAUUAAUCACUGGCCCUAUAGUGUCCCUUGUUGAGAGGUUCCGCUGUAGCUAUUCUAGUAGCUAUCAGAAGCUGAACAUUGGUAGCACAUAAGGUUAAUCCCCAGUGAAUAGCUCCCCAAUAUCUAACUGGUUUAUAGUGGCCUUGACUCUCGGUGCACCAGUACUAACAGCCUCAGAGGACAGGCAUAACUCCCUGGCUCCAGCCGAGGGAGUGCGCCAGAUCCAAAGACCAUCGUCUUCCAGAGAAGACUACACUCGACCCAGAGCCAUUGGAACCAAAUGAACCCUUAGACUGACACUCAUCAUUAUACUGAAAUUACAUAUCUACGUAUUAUGCAAACUCGCACACUUUCUCUGCGUGACAGGUAAUUAGUUGUUUACGGACGACCGCAUACCGCGGCAGUGAUGAUUGCUUUUU